GAUCCCUCAGCUUCUACAUUCCUUGGUGGCUGGACGGAUUCCGUUGAAGCAGACAAGGGAUACGUCCAAGUAACUCCUACCACUACUCCAAUGCCAAGGACAUUAGCUGUAGUCGUGCAACCUAUACUGAAGUACGCCCAAAAUGGUCAACAGCUUCCCAACGAAUCUGAUCAAGAGCAAUACCUCAAAGCCUACUAUGAGCAAUACUACAAAGAGUGGUACAGACAACACAACGAAGCCAAUGGAGAAGCAGAUGCAUCAUCGAGUCCUCUGCCAAGACGUAAAAUCAAAAUUCAGUUUGGAAAAACUGGCGAUUACAAAGAGGUUAGUGUUCAGAAUUAA